GAAGGUGUUAAGGUUGAGUGUGUGUCAUGAAUGCAGGAUGUUGUCGUGGUUUUGGCGGGGGGCGACAAAUCACUGCAGAGCAGAGCAGAUGCUUUUAUGGGGCCACGCCUCCCACCAAAGAGAUCGUCACGUGACCAUAUAGGUUCAUCCUGCACUGGACGACUGGACUGGUUAAUUUCUCCCGUUCGACCGUUAAGUCUGUUUGCCUCAGUUCGCCUCAAUAAAGCCAAUGUACGGCUAAUCCUGCGUGGGCAUACCGCUCACCGUAGCACGAUGACCUACUACCGUGCGACUUUCCACCCGCAGUGAAGCGGAGGUACCUGGACAAGACCUCGUCUCUUGAAGGCGUAGCGAUGGCAGGAACGCACCUCCAGCUCCGCACCCUCGCCUACACCUUCACCCCCAAACCGACGCUCACCUUGUUCGCCCAGAACACGCUCAGCCGUUCCCAUAACCCCCUCUGGUUUGUCUACCGCCACCGCUACGACGACAUCAUCCGGGCGCAGAAGGAGAGGCGGCCUGCGCCGCGGUUCAUUUGGCAGGUUCACGCGAGGGCGGACGCGCCGUUGUUUAAGCGGAAGCUCGUGCGGAGCUAUUGCAUUAGGAAGUUGAAGAAGGGGUUUCGGAAGGCGUUGGAUGAGGCGGGGAUUGAUGAUGAUGGGAGGGAGGUUGUGAAGGGUGAUGGUGGUGGUGGUGGCAGUGGUGGGGAGGAUUUGGUGGGCUGGCAUCCAGCGGCGGCUCCUAUGGACAAGGGAGGCGAGAUCGGGAUGGGAAGGAAGCGAAUUUGGGGGCUUUGUACGAUGUGGGUGAAUCGGACGACGUUUGAUUGCAAGCAGGAGGAGGUAGAUAAGGAGUGUCAGACAUUGUUGCAGAAGAUCAUUAAGGAUUUGGGAGGACAGCGGAGGCCGCAGAAUGUGCUGGAGCCGACGAUGCGUGGACCAGAGAAGCGGCAGGCAGGGCCGAAGCCUAAUACGGUGCAGCAGUCGCAGAGAGUGUGGCCACAGAAUGAACGGCCGCAGAGACGGAAGGUCAAAUCAAGAUGAUAUUUGAGAAGUCUGGAUUCUUUCAUCGAGGUAUACGUCCCGUGAAUUUAUUUGUCCCGUGCAAGCUCCAUACAGGCGCCGACCCCGUUGCUUGGGCAUUCCCGUUAUACACUAUUGAGGCGGA